AUGGAAAGCCACAGAGACCAGGCGGGGGGUCCGUCAAAAACAGAGGCAAAUCCUUCAAACCAAAAAAAAAGAUCAAACCAAGAGGCAGGACUUAUGAACCAGCGGCCAAAUCACCCAGACCAAGAAGGAAGACACGCAGAGCAAGAAGGAAGACACGCAGAGCAAGAAGGAAGACACGCAGAGCAAGAAGAACGCCAAAACCAGCAGGGCAGAAUCGCAGAUCUGCAACGACCAGAGUGGCACAAGGUCAGAAGGCACAAAGGAAGACUAAAAGGACUCGGGGGAAAUCUGCAAGAACCUGGACUUGGUCUUGAUCUAUUUCUCCGACAGCAAGACAACCACUAA